CACACUGGAAAAUAAAAAUAGGAAACAUACAGAGGAAUUAUGCUAAGAAAAGCAAAUGGAUAUAGUCAAAGCCACAAACCACUUGGCUAGGUCCUUUCCGAAAGAUUACCAGCAAAAGGUUAAGAAACCAUCUAAAAAGAGAAAUGCUUUUACUUUUUAAGUUCAUUUUUUUCCACCAGCAUUUUCCUCCAAAAAAAAAAAAAAGAGUUUGGUUAGAUCUCUAUUUAUAUAAAGUAUUGUUUUUUGCAUCUGAUUUUUCUUUUUUUUUCCGGACAGCAAAACAAGAAAAAGUUACUGAGUAACACUUUUUACCCAGCACCUUUUGCAAGAGCAGUUCCAACCUCAGCCAGGCAGCGACUGCACCUUGAGCAGCACUUGCUACAACACCUUUAAGGACCUCAGCCUUAGCUUCUCAUCUCCAAAUGUGUUUUUUCUUUCCUGCUUUUACGUGCUGUCUCUUGAAAGAUAUUUCAACCAUAAGUAAUGCAUGAUGAGGAUUGCCUUUUCCGUUGCUUGUAAACAGUACACAGUGGGGAACCCUUCCUACCUGGAGUCUCCUAGUGCCACUCCAAGAUAAGCUAAUCAUUAAUCAGAAAAGCACCUUGCGGCAACAUUAGCAGAUGGCCCAUCAGUGGCUCUGAUCCGAAUCACCACGUUAAUCAUUUGUUCUUUGCCCGCUCCAGCUGGCUCGGAUGAAGAUGAGCACCGUGUUCCUCCUGCUCCUGCUGUCCAUCCCCGGCUCCAUGGUGGAGCAGGACCUGCCAAGGCGGGAGCCACGGCGCCUGUCGUGCGUGCGAUGCUGUGGGCCCUCGGAGCAGCCCGUCUCCAUCAUCUCCUCACGAUACACAAGGAUGAGCAGUGACCCUGCUUCCUCGGUACCCAAAGUGCAGCCCACCAUAGAUAUCACCAUCCUCAAAGGUGAGAAGGGGGAAAUGGGAGAAAAGGGGUACCCUGGGGCAGCUGGGAAGGAAGGAGAGAGAGGGCUACGUGGUUUCAAUGGACGGAAGGGCCAGAAAGGCCAGCCUGGCCCCCAAGGCCACUCAUGCAAGCAGCUCUACGCCGCCUUCUCAGUGGGUCGCAGAAAACCCUUGCAUAGCUCAGACUACUUCCAGCACGUCAUUUUUGACACCGAGUUUGUGAACCUCUACAAGCACUUCAACAUGUUCUCAGGGAAGUUCUUCUGCUACGUGCCUGGAAUCUACUACUUCAGCCUCAACGUCCACACUUGGAACUUCAAGGAGACCUACCUGCACCUGAUGAAGAACGAGAAGGAGAUGGUCAUCCUCUAUGCCCAGCCCAGUGACCGGAGCAUCAUGCAGAGCCAGAGCCUGAUGCUGGACCUGCAGGAAGGAGACGAGGUCUGGGUGAGGAUGUUCAAGCGGGAGCGAGAAAACGCCAUCUAUAGUGAGGAGUCUGAUGUUUACAUCAUCUUCAAUGGCCAUUUAAUCAAGCCAGCUGUAGAGUAGUAGAGUUCUUCAGCUUCAGGCUCAGAGCUUUGGUAGGGGUUUGUCUGAUGCAUUAAUGUCUUCCCUUUUAGAAACGCACAUCUAGCUCUGCUUGGAAGGACUGCAGCAGGCAGCCUCCUGGUGGGUUUGUGUCCAUGUCAGGGACACCUGUGACUGAAGGUGACGGGGCUUCAAGGUGCUGCAAGCUAUGAGCAUAGAAGGCUUUAACCUUUAACAUGCCCUGGAAACAAAGCAGAGAAGGCCCCAGCUCUGCAGCCCCAUACAGAUCCACAAGACCAUCCCUCAAGAGUCUGCCAAGUUGGUAGCAACAAAAUUUAUCUCUGCUCUGCCUUGGAAAAAAAAGGAUUGUAGGGACUGUAAGGGAUUUUGGGAGGCUGACUAGCCCAACAAGACAUUUUGAUGAGAUCUAAGGGUCACCUUCAGAUACCUGUUAUCCAGGUGCUAAUCAAGGAAUGUACCUACCACAAUGCUUAGGUAUCUUUGCAGUGCACAGUACUGCUAACAAAACCCCCUUUCUGCCAGCACCCACACCAUGCCUGCUCCACUCAUGUGGGCAAGGACACGCAGUGUUAAUAUUUUGCACAGUACAAUUACCCUAAAUUACAUUUUUGUUCCAUUUCAUGUAAUACUACAUUCUGAGAGCAAAAUGCUAGAAUUACAUAAAUAACAUCAUACUGACCUAGAAAACUUUCUUGGAGACAUAAUUUUAAG